CUCAAAUAUUCAUCUUUACCCAAUCAAAAAUUCAUAGCCUGAAUGAAAAACUGUGUCAGCUUUUGACACAUUCCAUCUUUGUUUGAUCUUUUAUCCAAAUUCUCUCUUAGUUGAGGAAGGAAGAAAGGUCUCUGAUACAAAAUAGGAGGACAGAGAGAGCAAGAGAGAGAAUGGUUGAACUGGCUGGCUGGCAGGCACUUGAAAUUGUAUAGGAUAAUGAGUUAGAAUGAAGAAGAUGAAGAGGGGGAGAUAAAAGGGCAUAUACCCUACAUGUGGGAGUGGUCUGGGGACAAAGCAUAAGAAAGCUAAAAGCGUGCAAACAAUUCACAUGGGGGGUUGUGACACAAACAUUAUCCUUUUAAACCCAUUUUCCUUCUCUUCAUUUUCCCACUAACCUCUUGGACUAAACCAAGCAUCCCCUCUUCUCCACCAAAAAGCCUGCACCCACACCCACGUGGCUUUGCUUUCCCUCAUCAAUCCAAACUCAAUCAUCAUCGCCCGCCCUCUCUUUAAUUGGAUCAGAUCCGACGGUUCUAAAACAUGAACAUUUAUUUUAAUGGUUAUUAGGAAUGAUGCAGAUUUUAGAGAUGAUUACAAACGAUCGUUUGUUGGUGCAGGAAUUGGUUAGUCGAGGAUAAUUAAUUGUAAGGGAUAGGCUCUAAAUAAAGGGUUACAAUAUCACGUGGUGGGUGAUUAGUGGGACUGUUAAAUAGAGUUUUUUAAAAACAAAAGUAGAGGCAAGUUUGCAGUUAUACCGUUGAAGCCCAACUUCCGUAUCCCCUCCUCUUUCUCUUCUCAAACCUUUGGGUUCCCUUCCAAAUUCCCAUCUCCCCCAGCUGGACAUAGCUGUCCAAUCUCCUCCCCCAUGUGACCCCACUGCUCUUACCAUUUGAUUCAGAUUGCAAAAAAGAUUCAUUUCGGAUUUAAACCCUUUAAUCUUCCCUCUCUCUCUCUCUCUCUCUCUCUCUCUCUCUCUCUUAAUUUAAUCCUUCAUUUACUCUCCUGAUUCUCUUCUCUCUUGUUUUCUCUUAUAAGAGCCUUAAGAUUCAGAAGCUCUGUCGAAAUUUGGUCGUUUCUUUUUUCCUCUGUUUUUUUGAGAUUUCUGAUUGAUUGUUGGUUUGGAGGCUUGGGAGGUUUUUGGAGGCUUUGGAGGGUUUUGGAGGCUUUGGAAUUUGGUGUUUUUUUGUUCUUUUUGCCUAUUUUGUUUGGCUGUGGCUAUGGCACAGCUACCGCCGAAGAUCCCAAAUAUGGCGACCAAUUGGCCGGAAUUUUCCCGUCAGAAAAUCCCUUCAAUGGAAAACUUUGCACCGACAACCACAACGGCGGUGGCGUUUACUCACCAGAACCCUUCUUGGGUCGAUGAGUUUCUCGAUUUUUCUUCCGCUAGACGUGGGUCUCACCGGCGCUCCGUUAGUGAUUCCAUCACAUUCCUUGAAAUGCCAAUGCUGGAGGAAGAUUACCGAGGCUCCACUGCGCCGCCACCGCCGCCGGGAUCUGGCUCGGGCGACAGGAAUGAAUUUGAUGGGUUCGAAGACGAGCAAUUCCUAUCGAUGUUUAACGACGAAAUCUCCGCCGGCGUGGCGCCUACCGUGUCGUCGUCGAACCCCUCCACGCCGUCUGAUCACAACAGCAUUAACGACGAGAAAGAUGCCCAAAACGACGGCAAGCAAAAUCAGAACAAAAACGAAACCGACGAAGUACAGAGCCAACAGCAAUCGGAUACUCAAACACAAUCCAAUUCCACGGCAACGGCGGCUUCCACCGAACGAAUAACAGACCCCAAAAGAGUCAAAAGAAUUCUGGCAAAUCGGCAAUCGGCUCAAAGAUCACGAGUGAGGAAGCUUCAAUACAUAUCAGAACUCGAACGAAGCGUUACAUCGUUACAGGCUGAAGUUUCGGUGCUGUCGCCGCGAGUGGCGUUUUUGGACCACCAGAGAUUGCUUCUCAACGUCGACAACAGUGCUCUGAAGCAAAGAAUCGCCGCCCUUGCACAGGAUAAGAUUUUUAAAGAUGCUCAUCAAGAGGCACUAAAAAGAGAGAUAGAGAGACUGAGGCAAGUAUAUCACCAACAAAACAUCAAGAAGACGGAAAAUGCAGCGCCACCCAUCACUGCCAGCGUCGCCGUCACGACAACCACCGCGACGGACGGCAAGCUUUGUAAUGUAGGUCAAAAAGAGCAAGCUCCAAACGUGGUCGUUUAGCAGAGCAAGCUCGAAAGGAAAUAGAAAGAAAAGGAGGGGUUUAUGGGAAAAUAAUGAUUAAUAUGGUCAGCCAUGUGGUUUGGUUUGCCUUUUGUGAAAGGAAAGGAAAGGGACCACUUUCAAAAGCCCUUUCCAUGAUUGAGUUGCAGAGAGAAGAUACAUGUGCAGCUUUGUUGGGUAGAGAAGAGAGGAGGGGUAAAUUUUCAAUUUUUUAUGACUUUUUUUUUUUUAAAAAACUAAUUUAAUUUGAGGGGUUGUUUGGCAAUUAUGUUUAAUUCAUGGGGUUUUUCCGAAAAAAAAAAAAGUGAGAUUGUGAUUGGAGGGCUCGAGGGAGUUAUUAGAAAAUUAGGGUUUGCUUUGGGAUGUACAAAAAGGAGUGUUGGUCGUUUGGUACUUUUCCACUGUUUUUUUCUCUUCUUGUUAUCACAUUAUUUGUCUCAUUGUUUCUGA